GAGCCGUGCCCAUCUGCUGAGAGCCGCAUCAGUUUUCAGAAUCCCCGCAUUCAACAUGUCUCUGGUGGCAAAUGAGGAGUUCCAGCACAUACUUCGUGUUCUGAACACAAACGUAGAUGGGAAGCAGAAUAUAAUGUUCGCUCUUACCUCAAUCAAAGGUAUUGGCAGGCGAUUUGCUAAUAUUGUCUGCAAGAAGGCUGAUGUUGAUAUGAACAAAAGAGCUGGUGAAUUGAGUGCUGCUGAGUUGGAUAAUCUGAUGACAGUGGUUGCAAACCCUCGGCAAUUCAAGAUACCUGACUGGUUUUUGAACAGGAAGAAGGAUUACAAGGAUGGCAAAUACUCUCAAGUGGUGUCAAAUGCACUGGACAUGAAGUUGAGGGAUGACUUGGAGAGACUCAAGAAAAUCAGGAACCACCGAGGUUUGAGACAUUACUGGGGUCUUCGUGUACGUGGCCAGCAUACCAAGACUACUGGUCGUAGGGGUAAAACUGUUGGUGUAUCUAAGAAGCGCUGAGUUCACAUUUCCUAUCUCUUUUUUUCCUUUCUCUGUUUUUGAAGAAUGAGAUAUAUUGUUUGGAUAAACCUUUUUUUUUUUUAGAAUGCAUUUGGAUUUUGUUGUA